AUGUUUCUUCCGUACCAUAUGGUGUCAAGCACCGCGGCUGGGGUGCCAGAGACACGGCUGAACUGCAGGUUGCCGCACAGAGCACCGGCCAGAGUCCAAAGAGUCCAAAGAGUCCAAGGUCUUCAGAUCUCAGCCUCAGCAGCAUUUUGCGCAGCUUGCGCCUUUGCUGUGAGGAAUGGCGAUCAAAGAAUCGCUCUGCGCCAAUCUGCUCAGACCAACAUCGACCAUCAUGAUCGAUUUGAAACCCUGAAGGCGCAGCAGGAGAAAGUACGUCAGCGAGUGGCAGAGAAGAAGGCGAGACGUGAUCAAGAAAAUGAUCUUCCUCCACCUUGGCGAAUUGUGGCGCACCCCUCAGAGCCCGGACAGUGGUACUACUACAAUGAAGACACUGGUGAGACAAGCUGGGAGCGUCCAGGAAGCAGCCCUUGGAGGCAAGUUGAGGAUCCUUCGACGGGGCAAUUCUACUACUACAACCAGGCUACAGGUGAGACAAGUUGGGAAGCCCCUAAAGAGCAGGAAAACGCAGAGGAAAAGGAUGCAGUGGAUGAGACUCAAGAUGUGCUGCAGGACACGCUGCAGGACACGCUGCAAGGUCAGAGCAUUGCUCGGGAGGUUUCCAAGUUCCCGUGCGAGGACGCAAUCCAAGACCCAGUCGUCCAAGAAGAUCUUCGGGUGGAGGCCUCACGAGAGGCAGAGACAACAGCGUCUUCCUCCAGCCGAAAGGGUGCAGCUACGCGCUUGAUGGCUGGUGUCUCUAUCCUUGAUGUGCCUGAGGAGCCACUGACAGAUAGUGAGAUCGAAAUUGCCAAGCAACCUGUGGACGAAGCAGCCCUGAGGAAAGAUGCUGAGGACAGCCAGGAGAGACUCAAAAUUCUUUCAGAGGAAGCUGCACGUCGACGCGAAGUGAUGAAGGUCAGACGUCAAGUCAUGAAAGGCUUGCGAGAGAAGACCAGCGGAGGCCUCACCAAGGACGAUUUGAUGGUGAACAAGCAUGGCAAGAUCGUAUCCAAGAAACAGCAUGAACGCGGCCUGAAGAUGUUCUCUCGUUAUUUGUCAUCCUGGGUUGAUGCUGUUCAAUCAGCCAGGUCAAAGCUGUCCAUUCUCGGGUUUCGACCCAUUGGUGGCAGGAGCAAGGAGGGAAAGGAGCUGUAUAUGGAGGCCAAAAAGAUCUAUCAGAGCAGGACAAAGUCAGACCCUUGAGAUUCUGAACAUGCGACCGCAGAGCGGCUUUUCCCAAUUCAGAUGUCAAUUCGCUGCAUAUUCAAAUGCACUUCCGGCGCUUGCAUUGAUCAAAUUGAUCCUUGAAGGGCUCCAUCAAGGCG